AUGGCAGUAGCUUCAGCCUUUACUGCAUCUCUCAGUUUCUCUGUCUCUUCGCACAAUCGAACGUCAUCCAUUUCUCAACUUUCUCGAAGAAAUUCACACAGGUCCAUUGUGUCUGCCUUGCCGAGGCCGUACGGCGACUCCUCGACAAUUGGAUUAUCGAGUAAAACAAUGGGGGAACCUCUACACGUUGACGAUAAAGACUUUCUUCACACCAGUACAAGUUAUGGGCCGAUAGAGGCUAGGAAAGGUAAUCCACCCAUUAUGCCUGCAGUGAUGACACCAGGAGGGCCUUUGGAUCUCUCUUCUGUGUUAUUUAGGAAUCGUAUAAUAUUUAUUGGUCAACCUGUCAACUCAAUCGUGGCACAGCGAGUCAUAUCACAGCUUGUGACUCUAGCAACAAUUGAUGAGGAUGCAGAUAUCCUGGUAUAUUUGAAUUGCCCUGGUGGAAGUACAUACUCGGUAUUAGCAAUUUAUGAUUGUAUGUCUUGGAUAAAGCCUAAGGUUGGAACAGUGUGCUUUGGAGUUGCUGCAAGCCAAGGGGCUCUUCUCCUUGCAGGUGGAGAAAAGGGAAUGCGUUAUGCUAUGCCCAAUUCUCGAAUUAUGAUACAUCAGCCACAAAGUGGAUGUGGGGGUCACGUGGAGGAUGUCAGACGUCAAGUCAAUGAAGCAGUUCAAUCACGCCAUAAAAUUGACAAGAUGUAUGCUGCAUUUACUGGCCAACCUAUAGAGAAAGUACAACAGUACACGGAGAGGGAUCGAUUUUUGUCUGUUUCCGAGGCUUUAGAGUUUGGACUCAUUGACGGUGUGCUGGAAACAGAAUACUGAGGUUGUAGUUGGGGAAAAGAUCAAAUGUUCAUCAGCCAUAUGUGAUCUGAUUAUGCAGAAUUUGACUUCUGAAUGGGGAAAUUUUAUUUCAGUCUACGGAAUCGUCUUCUCCAAGCUUUGGUACAGAACAUCAAAAUUUCCAGCGCCGUGCAUCGUUUCAUUGGUAAACUCCCAAAUUCUCUGGAUCAAUGCUUAUGAGCUAGCAAUCGAGAACACGAUGAUAUGAUUCCUAUUAUUUGCAGCCAAGUAGAUAUUUAUCUCAUUCAUGUCAAAAUUCUUUUUCUUGAACAAACUGUAUCCUUGAACUCUCACCUUGUCCAGGGCUUGAACAUUAAGAAUGGAUCUUGAUAGCAAUCUUGAAAAAUAGAAUACACCGAAAGCUGGUUUGGUCCCUUAA